GGAAGGGGUGGGCGGAUCCGGAAGCGGAACGGGUAAAGGCGGAAGUGAGGGCCGGGGCCUGCGAGACUCACCUGCGGCGGGGAGCGGCGCUCCGGGCGUUGCAACCUGCCUCCAGGUGGAUCCCAGCACAGAACCUGCAGCAUCCUUUAACUCUCAGCACCCCUGCGCUUCGGCCACCAUGGCAGGGCGAGGUGGAGCUGCUCGACCGAAUGGCCCAGCAGCUGGGAACAAAAUCUGCCAGUUCAAGCUCGUCCUGCUGGGGGAGUCGGCGGUGGGGAAGUCCAGCCUCGUCCUGCGCUUCGUCAAGGGGCAGUUCCACGAGUACCAGGAGAGCACAAUUGGAGCUGCCUUCCUAACACAGACGGUCUGCUUGGAUGACACAACGGUGAAGUUUGAGAUCUGGGAUACAGCAGGACAGGAGCGGUACCACAGCCUGGCACCCAUGUACUACCGGGGUGCCCAGGCAGCCAUCGUUGUCUACGACAUCACUAACACAGACACAUUUGUACGAGCCAAGAACUGGGUGAAAGAGUUGCAGAGGCAGGCUAGCCCAAAUAUUGUAAUUGCACUAGCAGGAAACAAGGCAGACCUUGCUACCAAGAGAGCUGUGGACUUCCAGGAUGCACAGACGUAUGCAGAUGACAACAGCUUGCUGUUCAUGGAGACGUCUGCGAAGACAGCGAUGAAUGUGAAUGAAAUCUUCAUGGCAAUAGCCAAGAAACUGCCAAAAACCGAACCCCAGACGGCGGCGGGCGGCGCGGGCCGGAACCGGGUGGUUGACCUCCAGGAGAGCAGUCAGCCCAGCAGGAGCCAGUGCUGCAGCAACUGAGCGGGCGGCCCCGCUGCCGGAGCCCUGGAAUGACGUGACUGGAAUCCACGCUAACAAUCGCACUUAACCGUAGAGCGGCCGCUGCCCGUGGCCGCUGUGAUUUCUCCAUCCCUUUCUGAUCAUAGGCUGGAGGGAGUUCUUCCACCUGCACCUUUCUGUACAAAUACUAAUUCAAUUCUAAGUCUUAAGUCACUUUUUUAAUAUAUGAACUUCUGCUCUUCCCUCUUCCUGGUGGUGGUGGAUGCACGACCUGGUGCCUGCCCAGCCCUUCAGUGAGGGGGGGGUCCCGAGGCACCCAGGUCCCACUGUACUGUAGUUCACUAUUGGAAACAAAGGGAUAUUGAGACUAGACAGCCUUGUUUCAGAUCACCUGUAUGUAAAAGCUGAGGCUAAUCCCGGUAUGAUACGCCUAGAACAACCACUAAACUGUAGCAUUAGAGUGACAAACUCUGGCUCUUCAGCCACUUAUUGACCAAAUCAGUGAUGAGUAUUCUGGGGUGGGGCAGAGGGAAGCGAAACUGGUUUCUUCUGUAUUUUGUAUUGUAUGUUUCUUCAUGUAACCAAUCAGUAUCUUGUCAAUAUAGUACAUCCAACGAGCUGCCUGUUGUCUUUCUUUGUGUUGGACUCCAGCAUGCCAACUCCUCUUUUCUAUCUCCGGUUCUGUCACAAUGCACUAAUCCUGUUGCAACUUUUGCAAAAGAAACGAAAAUCUUGUAUAGAAAAUUGUCCUUUUUUUGAUGGUUGUGAUGCCACUGAUGUUGUUAACCCUGCUCUGAAUCCACAGGGGUGACGGCUGUACAGAGGUGGGGUGGGGGAAGCCUCGGAUAACGAUGUAUUGCGAAAGGCUGUAAUUCCACACAGUAUGAAGGGAGGUAUUAAAAUGGCUUCUGUUGCCAGACUCUAACUGAUGUUGGCUGCUGCCUAGUGCCUAAUGCAAUGUCUUAUGCACACUGGUAUUUAAGAGGAACUGUCGACUUAGUCUUCAUCACAAACUUCAGUUUUGUGUGAUUAAAACAAGAUUUUUAUAAACCU